CAACACCUAACAGUCGUGGAAGUGGAAGUAAACACUCAAAACAUCAUAAUGAACGUGAUACUUGCCGUAAAGCAGUAUAUCAGUAAGAUGAUUGACGAAAGUGGCCCAGGAAUGAAAGUCCUACUAAUGGACAAAGAGACCACCAGUAUUGUGAGUAUGGUGUAUGCCCAGUCAGAAAUUCUACAAAAGGAGGUUUACUUGUUUGAGAGGAUAGACUCUGCAAGAGAGACCAUGAAGCAUCUAAAGUGUAUAUGCUUCCUCAGACCAACGAGAGAUAAUGUAGAAUUUCUAGCACAGGAACUUAGAUUGCCUAAAUACGGUCUUUAUUAUAUAUAUUUCAGCAAUGUGAUCAGUAAACAGGAUGUGAAAGUUCUGGCAGAGGCGGAUGAUCAGGAAGUAGUACGGGAAGUCCAGGAGUUUUUUGGUGAUUUCAUAGCUGUUAAUCCACAUCUCUUUACAAUGAACAUUCUUGGCUGUAGUCAGGCCCUUAAUUGGUCCCCUACAGCCCUCACUAGGACCACCCAGGGGUUGACAUCUGUGUUGUUGUCCCUGAAGAAAUGUCCUAUGAUUCGUUACCAGAACUCCUCUGAAAUGGCCCGCAGAUUGGCAGAGAACAUUAGGAGUACAAUUAGCAAGGAGGCAGCAUUAUUUGAGUUCAGGAAGACUGAUGUAGCUCCUGUGUUACUGAUCCUAGACAGACGUGACGACCCCGUCACUCCCUUACUUAAUCAGUGGACAUAUCAAGCUAUGGUCCAUGAGUUAUUGGGUAUCAACAAUAACCGAAUCAACCUGUCACACAUACCAGGCGUCACCAAAGAUUUACAGGAAGUCGUCCUCUCUGCUGAACACGAUGAAUUUUAUGCAAAUAAUAUGUACAAUAAUUUUGGAGAAAUAGGAACAAACAUCAAAGACUUGAUGGAAGAAUUCCAGAAAAAAUCCAAAAGUCAAGCCAAGGUGGAAUCUAUAGCUGACAUGAAGGCUUUUAUAGAAACGUACCCCCAGUUCAAAAAGAUGUCUGGUGCUGUAGCUAAACACGUGACGGUGGUGGGGGAGUUGUCCCGACUCGUCAGUAAGAUCAAUCUACUAGAGGUGUCCGAAACAGAGCAGGAACUGGCAUGUCAGGGAGACCACUCCGCUUGUCUACAGAAAAUCAAGGGUUUACUUAGUGGAGACAAGACACCACAACUAGAUAUGUUACGUCUCGUGAUGUUGUAUGCCCUGCGCUACGAGAGUCACAGUAACAAUGACGUCUCAGGUUUGGUGGAAGUCCUACGCAGGAAAGGUCUCAGCGAAAAACACAGAAUGAUGGUUCAUGCAGUAUUACAGUAUGGUGGACGGAAAGCUCGUGGCAGUGAUUUGUUUGGUAAUCAGGACCCAGUCGCCAUUACCAAGAGGUUCCUUAAAGGUUUAAAGGGAGUGGAGAAUGUUUACACACAACAUAAACCCCUAAUGUACAGUAUCAUUGACCAGCUUAUCAAGGGCAAGCUCAAGGAGGGUGCCUAUCCUUAUUUGGGCACAGGUCAAUUAAGAGAUAAGCCCCAGGAUAUUGUAGUAUUUAUGAUAGGUGGCGCUACAUAUGAAGAGGCACUGGCAGUCCAUACCCUGAACAGAUCAAGCCCUGGGGUGAGGAUUGUUCUAGGAGGAACCACAGUACACAACUUUAAAAGCUUUUUAGAUGAAAUAGCACAAGCUGUCGGAGGCCAGCCAUCGAGUCGAUCAGAAGGAAGGUCGAGGCAGUGGUGAUCAAGUGAUGUCCUUAUUAGAUGUUGAUCAGAACGAAGGUUGAACAGUGGUGAUCCUGUCAUUUCCUCAUCGUUAUGAAAUGUCAGUUCGUAGGAAUGUGGAAACACUGGUGAUAGAUUACCGGUUAUGUGAUUUCCUUUAAAAAAGAAAUCUUUUCAACAAGUACAUUUUGUUAUGAGAUACAUGUCAGUCCUUGAUAUGUAUUAUAUUCCUAGUCAGAAGGUAAUCUGUAUCAUUUGAGAGGCCUGAGAGAUUCAUACACUUUACAUUGAUAGGGAUACGCCUAUGUGAAGUCUUUGAAACUUCUACACAGGAUGAAAUGAUUGAAUAUAAAGAGAAUCACAAGGAAACAUUAUUCCAUUAUUAUUUCACAAAUCUAAAAGACUAACAUACCACUCUCUGGUAUUUAACUGUGUACUGGGGCACUUUUUUAUCAUGCUUAACAGUGGUUUGACCAGAUGUUCAUUUGUUUUUUUUAGAGGUAGUUUAAACUGAUGUUUUGAUAUAUCAACAAUAUUUCCUUGUAUGGCACCAAUCGUAGAGUCCAGCAGGCUUUGAAAUUUUGAAUUUAAAAUUCAAUUAUCCAGUAAUUUCUCAUAAAAAGGUCUAGGUGUGGAAUUGUACUGUAGUUUACAGCUUUCAUCCAGGUACCUAGACAUACAUCAAGGGAGACAACUGACUAGGGUCAUAUGGAAUGUUUUUGGAGGUAAAUGACGGUUGUUAAGAUUGCUGUUGUCAUCUUGUGUUGUUCAAUAGGACCAUGAAUGGGUUGCUAUAGUAAUAUGAUGUUUCUAUCGUCAGAGGUCAGUGGCUAUUUAAUGCCUGUUACAUCUGUCACCUUCUUAUAAUAUACCUACAGAUGAUAAUUUGAGGUCUCAUGGCUCAUUGGUGUUAGACUUUGUUAAUGGGAGUAUUGUAGAGGAAUUGACCUUGGUUGCUAUAGUAACUGGGUAACUCAGUGUCUCAUUGGUGUUAGACCGUGUUUAGGGGAGUAUUGUAGAGGAACUGACCUUGGUUGCUAUAGUAACUGGGUAACAGUUGGUUAGUGUGGCACAUUGGUGUUAGACUUUGUUUAGGGGAGUAUUGUAGAGGAACUGACCUUGGUUGCUAUAGUAACUGGGUAACAGUUGGUUAGUGUGGCACAUUGGUGUUAGACUUUGUUUAGGGGAGUAUUGUAGAGGAACUGACCUUGGUUGAUAUAGUAACUGGGUUACUCAGUUGGUUAGUGUGGCACAUUGGUGUUAGACUUUAUUUAGGGGAGUAUUGUUAAGGUUAGAGGCAUUUUUAUAUGGAUCUGCAUUUUCCCUUUCCUGUUAAAUUAUUAAUAUCAUAACAUAUUUUAGUUAUACAGGUAAAUUUGAUUUCUUUUAAACUUUCACAAACAGUUAUAUGUUUUGUUUAUUAUAUUCAAUUUGAAGGAUCCAAACAAAAAAAGUACUAAUACACUUGUCACUAUAUACAGCUAUAUAUUGGAC